ACACCUCGGAAAGCUAUAUCGGUGAAGAAAUCGUGUAUUUUUAUCGCUACUGACAAACACUUCUUCUUUUCAAGCCAUGACACAAGAAAGGGUCACAUGAUCGUUUUUUUGUAUCGGUAGUUUUCAUUGGCUGAGUUGACUGGUUCUCCGAUUAAAACACAGUCGCGUUAAAUUAUAGAUAAUUCAGCGGUAUUCCAGUCAAAAGCACAUGUUUAUUAUGUAAACAAACACUAGUGUUACGAGAGAAAAUGAAUACUGAACAACAAAACGCGGUUGAUGUGGCUUUACAAGGCCAUAAUCUACUGAUUACUGGUGCAGCUGGGACAGGGAAGUCUUUUGUGCUCAGUUACAUUUAUAAAACGAUGAAAGAUAGAGGUAUAAACGUGCAUCUGACUUGCACAACUGGGGUUUCUUGUGCAGUUUAUCCUACUGGUAUGGCUACCACAGUGCACAGGUUUGCGGGAAUUCUAGACUGUCGACAUGGUAGCUCAGAAAUAAGAGAUGUGCUACGUUCUAACAGGAAGUUUGAUGAAGUGGUCCAAAGAAUCAAUGAGACUGACGUUCUAAUAAUAGAUGAAUGCUCUAUGCUAAGUAAGAGGACAUUUGAAAUUUUAAAUGCUGCCUGCCAGUUGAAAGAUGCAUCCAAGUUUUUUGGAGGAAUGCAACUCAUACUCUGUGGUGAUUUUUUACAACUUCCCCCAGUUGCCAAUAAUUUGUAUAGGGAUGACGGAAGUUUUUGCUUUGAAAGUAGUAUUUUUUACAAUGUUGUACCUCAUAAAGUUGUUUUAUGUGAAAUCAUGAGACAGUCAGCUGCAGAAGCUGAGUUUAAACAGGUGAUAAGUGAAGUUUGUAAAGGUAACGUUUCAGAGAAUUCUUCACACUUUAUUGAAUGUUUAUCAAGACCACUCCCAGAGACACAACACUUUGAACCGACACUUUUUGCAACAAAUCAACAGGUGGAUUCUUUCAACAGGAAUAACAUUCUUGAAAUGCCUGGAGUGCUGUAUGAGUUCCAGUCUGCAGACACUGGUGAAAAUAGAUACCUUGACCGCCUUACUUGUCAAAAAGUGUUAUGGCUAAAGAUAGGAAUGCCUGUUAUAUUAAUACGAAAUCUUACAGACAAUCUUUACAACGGCUUGCGAGGAAUAGUUCACGACAUAGAUAAAGAUGGGCCAAGCGUAACCUUUCCAACAGGCACAAUAAGAAUUCAAAAAGUUACAUUUGAUGUUUUCAGUCCUUCUGUGAAUGCCAACAUUGCUUCAAGAAUUCAAUACCCUUUAAAACCAGCAUUUGGUAUAACUAUCCAUAAAGCACAGGGGAUGACUUUGGAAAGAGUCAAUGUUGACUGUCAACAGAUAUUCAAACCUGGCCAGCUAGGAGUGGCACUGUCAAGGGCUAGAAGCUGUGAAGGCAUACGAGUGAUUAAUUAUGAUCCAAAGUACUGUAUUAGACAGCCGCAAAUCAUUUCAGACUUUAUUUCUGAAGAUACAGUUCCAGUGAAUGAGGACGUGUCUUGUUGCAAAGGACUGUUAACAAGGUAA